GCUCAACUACCACGGCUGGUUACUACGGCGUCAGGAGAUCCUUCACAACUGAGUUGGAUUUCCACAACACAAAGCAGUUUGUCAGUGAUGUCUACUCAUCCCCUCUAGGGUCCAAGCCCUUCUCGUGCGAUUCCUCUGCCACUCAGGGCUGCCCGGCACUUCUGGACCCAUAUCUCACCGACCAAUAUGGGGAUUACCGUGGUACUCCCCUCACAGCUGGUACCAGCUCUUUCUUCAGCCCUUCUUCUGUGCCCCCUCUCCUGCCAUCCUUCCCCAAUGACACAGCGCACUUCCUACUAAGAGACCCCUGGGAACAGACCUCACCCAACAGCCUCAGCCAGUCGGACGGUGCAUGCUCAGACCCUCUGCAAGCACAGCCUGCCAGCGCCAGCUGCCUCUCCUCACAUGAGUCAGGAGGCAUUUCCCCAUACCGAAGCUCAGGUUGGACCCCAGCCAUCCCUGGAGCCCAGCCCUACCCUCUGCAUCCUCCUGAAGAUGUCCACUACUCCCCCAGCUAUGCUGCCACCUCACCCUACUCAUUCUCACCACUCAUGACUGUGGCAAACGAGCUUACCCCCAGGAUGAGCCACCUCUCACCAGAGCAGUCCUCGGAGAUGCCACCCCUUCACGAUGCCUGGGCAAAAGAGGAUGGAAAUCCCAUCUGGGGGACUUAUGAAGGCCAGAGAACUUAUUGA